AUGGCUUCAGAUCUGAAACUAAGAGCGAAGGAAGCCUUCGUUGACGACAAUUUCGAGCUCGCUGCCGAGCUGUACACGCAGGCCCUGAACCUGGCCCAGGAUGACGCUGAUCUCUACGCCGACCGCGCCCAGGCCAACAUCAAGCUCGAGAACUACACCGGUACCUGUUCCGACCUUCUCGCAACUUCUCUUUCCAUCUUUCCGUGGGUUGUUUUCCCUCUUUGUGGGGUCAAGCUGUAGUGCGCGUGUUGAUUUCUGGUUUUUUCUUGUUCGUUUUCACGUUACCUUCGCAUCGUGCUCGUUCGCUAAGAUGAUUCGGACCGUGACUCCUUUAGAUUGUUUGGCUAUCAUCUUACUGUUUUGGUCUUGAAUUUGGAAAGUACUCUGAUUUUGCAGUCGUUUUGGCUAUCUGCGUAUAUGUUAGACUUGAUCGUCCAUUUCUCUUAUCUUUUUUGGGAAUUCUAUGAAGUAUAGAUCUUCGAUGAUUUAAAUUGCGUUUCUUUUUAAACAUUUCAUUUUGAUGCGGUGAGGAGUCUGUUCAUUUCUGCACUGCUGACUGUGACUUUUGUGUACUGUACAGAGGCCGUCUCUGAUGCGCAUAGAGCGAUUGAAUUGGACCCUUCGCUUUCAAAGGCAUACUUGCGCAAGGGGUCUGUUAUUUCUGAUGUCAUCUCGAUGCGCAAAUACUAAGUAAAUUAUGCUAUUAGCAAUGUUAUUAUAUCCAUGGGCAAUGUUUUACAAGCCAGUGGCUAAUAUUAGGCCUCAUCAUUACUGUAAAGCAUAAGCCUCCGCAUACCCUGUAAAUUUAUUCUUGUACACCUGGAGGGGAACAGUAAUUUGUGUUUUAACAAAAAAUAUUCCCUUAUGGCUUCUUCAUGUGAUUUUCUUGUUGAGCUGUCAUUUUUUUAAAAAUAGAAAGCUUCAUUAGCAGAUUCAUAAGGGAACUAUGCAUUUUUCUUUUAAGGAAAUCUUCUGCUUCCAUUAUAAGUGUGGCCAACUGUUUGGUUUAACACUGGCGAAAUGUUUUGCUGCUCAUUUUCAUCUGGUCUUCCCAUCAGGUAGGAUAUCUGGAUUAACAAUUUGGCAUCUCCUACCUCAAAUCAAUAACACGUUGUUUGAUUAUUAUUGAUUCUCUCCAUUGAUCUAUCCAUUUUGAACCCCAGAUGGAGUUUUCGUUCGUGGCUCAUGUUUCAUUCGUAUAUUUUUCCUAUUUCAUUUUCUUGAGCAUUCUUUGAGUGAAGAACUAAAUGUAUCAUUUAGUGCGUUAUUCCUUGGAAUAUGUCUGUUCAGAUCCCAUUGUCUAUUCUCUUCUCACUCUAUCACGUUCAACCACAAAACAUACAUAUCAUAAUCUAGUAGGAAUGUGCACUCCCUCAUCUUCAUCAUCAUCAUCAUAUUCAUCAUUGAGGCUCAUCCCAUCAGGGAAUUUCAGGCAUUCUGGAUUGGAGUAGGAAUAAGAACAAAACUAUAUCUCAACUAAUUCUUAAGGGAAAGCAAUUGGCUUCAAGUUUUCAUGUGAGGCCAUGACAUGGUAUAAUCACUCUACUGACUGAACUUUAUUGAUUCGAUGAAUUUUUUAACAAGUGACAUUCCUUAAUGGGAGUCUGGCCUGCUUUGAGCCCUGGACACAUCAGUUCAAGUUUUCAUUCUGAAAAAAUGUAACUGUUUUGGUGAUUGCGCUUUAUAAAUCUGUUUUUAUCUCAUGAUAGUUGUGCUUAUUUAGACGUUCAUCUAUCUAUAUGAUCUAACUAUUAUUUCCCUGAUUAAAUGAUUUUUCUCACUUGUUGAUCCUAUUAAGACUAGUCUGUGUAAACGGUUUGCAUAUGUAACUCUCUUAUUUUGCAUAUUAUUCGACAGUCUCUUUUCACAAAUGAAACCCAAAAAUGUGGAGCGAAAAUUGUAAAAUGUCUCUCUUUCGGUUUACAGCACUGCGUGUAUGAAGCUGGAGGAAUACCAGACUGCUAAAACUGCUCUUCAGGCUGGUUUUGAUUUGUCACCUGGAGACACUAGAUUUAACAAACUGAUCAAAGAGUGUGAUGAUCGAAUUGCAGGUAUUUACAUAUGUGAAUUUCAGCUUUAUCCACAUGCCAAGCCAUUGUGGUGAUCAGACCACACGUGCAAAAUCAAGACCUGUGUUUUUACUAUCCACUCGUUGUGAUGCGAGUGACUCAUUUUUCUUGCUCUAAGAAUAAUGCACAGGCACUUGAUAUGUGAUCCCUUGCCAUCUCUUUCAACCCCCUUUUUCUAUUCCUUUGACCAAAUGUUUAAUGGACUCGUUAUAUGAUUUCAUAUGGGGUUUUUCAUCUGGCCAUUUUCAUUUCAGAUGACCUCACUUCUUGACUAUGAUUUUUUUUAUUGACCUAACACUACUAUCACCGGAUCAAUUGUUAUUUUAUAAAAAAAUCCAUUGAUCAUAUAGCAUCCCGAAAACUGUCACUAUUUUAAUACAACAACUGUCAUUUUUUUGGAGUGCAUCCUUUUUAAGUCCCUCUAUUUAAACAAAAAAUAUAUCAUGUCGAUGGAAUGUAGACGUUGCAGUAAAUACGAACCAUUGAAACAGAAGUGGCAAGUCGAUUGAGAUGAAGGUAGGCAAGUCUUAUUUCUGAGUUGUCUGAUUUGUCUUGUGGUUAUGCUCCUGAUUCUAUCCGCGUUACAUUGCUCUAGUCUGGGUUGAAAGGAUACUAGUAGUCAGGGCCUUUCCUCAGUUAAUCAUUUUAGAAAAUUUUCGAUUGUGUUUCACCAUCUAUUAAAGAGACUCAUUAUCCUGUUCAGGCCUCAUUAUUAUGUAAAGAUUCAUAGAAGACAAUCAUCAAGUGUAUGGCUGAUCGUACAUUAUCUUGUUGCAGAGUUUCUGAGAAGAAUUCCUAAUUUUAGUCUGUGCGUGCCCUAAAGAGAGUUGCCGAAUUUCGUGAGUGAAAGUGAAAACUCAGAGUGGCUUUGCAAUACGAAAGUGUUUAAAAUCAUCUUGAAUGUCACGUAUCAUAUUGAUGACCAUAAAGAGCAUAAAAUCAUAUCACUGUCUUCUUGAUGUGAGAUUUAAAAGUGCAGCAGAGGUCUCCUUCGUUGUCAAGUGACUGAAAAUUCGUAUGCCGAAGGUUGUCUGGUUUCAAAAGGCAAUACAUUAAUCUCUAUACUAAAGGUGAAAACCAGAAGAUGGGAAAGAUUUUUCCGGAAAUCCUGUUAAAUAUUUGCCGUGCAGCCAAUUGAAUGUGCCUUCAGACCGUGGAAACAACAUGGUGGUGACGAAUAAAGAUGUCUGUGUGGUUGAUUUUCAGGAUAUCAUGCAACACUUGUCAAUCGGAAUAAGCUUAUUACAGCGGUAGACAGUGGAUUCUUGGGUACAGAAAAUUCAUGUGAUCCACCAUCUCUAGUUUUUCAUUUUCCUUUUUUAUUUCAGAAGUUUCAACAUUCAUGCUUUUUUUUUCUUGGUUGCAUUAACCUGUCACGAAGAUGUGUUGUUGGUGAAUGAGAAGAAAUCGUUAGGUUUCGUCUACCAGUUUUCCUUGUUUGAGUCACCAGUUUUUGAAUCAUAUUAGAAAUUAAUUUAAAGGCAUGCUGAUUCUUACUCCUAGUCGCUUACAUAUGAGUGACAGACUAGAAUGAUCGGAUUUGCUCUCUGUAUAAAGUGCUCAAGAGACAGAGGGCACGCUCUUCAUUCGUGUUGUCAUCUUUUCACUGUUCUUAUCCCAGAUCCUCCACACCGCUCUCUAACAAGGCUUUAACCAUUUUCUUUAAUUGGUAGUACACGAACAAGAACUAUACUGUACCAACCCGUUUACACAUUUUUCUUCCCGGCAUUGUCUGAACUUGUUGACUCUAGAUGCCAUAGUAUUUAUUUUGAUGUAUUUGAGUUGUAUUGGUAUUAAACGUUUUAUUCUCUGCAGAAGAGAGUGGUGUUAUAUCCUCGACAAAAAUAUCAGGCACAUCAUCUAGUGUAUCUCCUCCAUCAGAAAGUGCUGAUGAAAGUGGAAAAGACGAGGAAAAAAUACUGCCCGUAACGCCAGCUAUGCCUAAAUACAGGUGACUCGUCAACCCUUUUAUGCCAUCAAGUUAUUUGUGUCAUACACUCGAUAUCGGAUUUCAGUAGAUCCUAUGAAUGAUCGAAAGAUUUUCCAAAUAUUAUACCUGGCUGCCUUCUUGACAAAGAAUUUAUUAUGAGGAUAAUGUUGGGCUUCAGAGUGUUAGGCUACAGGAUGCUUGCUUCUGUUAACACUGGAAGUGAAAUUUUAGGGUUUCAAAUUCGUAGCUCCUCCAACGUAUUUAUUUUUUCGAGAGCGUGGGCAUAACACGAGUAGACUUAAAGUGAUCAAGCCUAACGAUCCCACAUUUAAAAUGACACACUAACACGCUUGAUAGCGGUUCUAGUACGUCCAUAUUCCUAUGCUCAUUGACGACCUCCUUUGUCAUGCACUUAAGACCUACGUAGUCCGAAUCUGAUCGGGCUGCCCUUCUCGAAGUCUGAUCCCUUUAGUUUGGAUGGUUUAAUGUGGGCACCGAAGGUGUCAAUUAGAUGGCCAUGGCUGUGAUUGACUGUGGCCUGUGGCAUCAAGUGACUCACAAGGCAUGCCCACUGUUUAGGCCCCAAACGAAACCACUAAAAACUUAAGGAAGUCAGUAGUUACAUUUUCCAUUAAUUCCAAGCAUGGUUUAGUUUUUUUUCGUUAACAUGAAAUAUUUUCGUAUUCCGUACAUCCAUCCCUAAACAUCACAGUUUUCUGCAACAAAUUGUGGUGGAAGACAAAGAAAAGUUUGAUUUUGGGACGUGGCCUUCUAUCUGCUCUCAUCAGCCAAAGAUCAAUGUCAAAUUGAAUCCAAACUUUAGUCAAAAUUUUCAUCUUAAAUUUAUAGUCUUCUUCGGUUCUCCAGAAUGAAAUUUAUUGUGCCCUUUUGUUUUUUGCACGUAGUUACCAUCGAGACUCGUUGUGAUUUUUAUCUCUGUUGAUUUUUUGUUUUCCUGUUCAUCAUAUUAACUUAUUAUGCCAUCAUGCAUUAGUCACGAACAUAAAUUCUCGAGUAAAAUUUUCUGUUAAAGAAGUGGAAAUGACAUUUUUAUCCCUCUACCUAAGGAUUCUCCUCAAUCAGAAACUUUUUCUUUCGGAGCUCAUCUACUUUUAUACCAUUGUUCCGUUCAUAUCACGCAGUCAUUUUGAACAUUUUUUUAGUUUUCCUUUCUGGAAAUUUGGAAUUUGAAGCUAUGGGAAAGCUGCCACAGGGAUUAAGCUUAUCUCCAUUGAGAGUCAUUUGCUCCAGCUGUUUUAUUGUAGGAUAGUGUGAUGUAUUUGUCUUUUGCCACUGAAAUUUUUAAUAGUUCUAUAUUCGAAGAAACAUUGAUUGCUUCUUGAAGCUGGUGUCAGGCUUCUAUGUUGAGAGGUUCCAUGUUUAUCAAUGUUUAAUGGAAUCUCUUUGAUCCGUUUCUUGAUACAUAAGCAUUAUGAAGUUUUUUCCAUUAUGUUCAUAUUUCCCUGCAUGCAUAGCUACGAUGGUUUUUUCAGGAAUGAUAUUAAUCUACCUUGGAACGUCUGUAUUAGGAAAUGUACUUUACUGGGCAUCCCAUUCUCGAGGGUUGUGCGAUGUGUUACUGACGAUUAGCCGAGAGAAUAUCUGGACGCUUCUAUAAUUUUGUCUUGUAUUAGGAAGAAGGAUUUGCAUGCACACCUAAGAUGUCCCUACAUUAAAUUUUUUUCAUAUCUUAUUUACUGAUGAAUUGUAACUAAGAAUACUUUAAUUUGGGUUAUUUUUGGUGUUAUAUAUAGCUUUCUUAGCUGUGCAAUUCAUGUUGGAUGAUGCAGACAUGACUAUUACAAUACCCCAACAGAAGUUGUUUUGACGAUAUUUGCGAAAGGCAUACCACAGGAAAAUGUGAAUGUUGAUUUUGGUCAACAAGCCGUAUGUUAUUUGAUGUCCACUAUUGCUUUAAACAUUUUCCUAUUUAGCAAAUGCCAAUAAUUCUGAAAUUUGGUUGCCAUGAAUUAAUACGGGCUGAUGAAGCUAUUUGUUUUCAGUUGACUGUUUCAAUUGAUGUCCCUGGUGAAGAAUCGUAUCAUUUUCAGCCACGUCUAUUCGGAAAGGUAUUAAAGUCUCACUUUUGGUAUGAUAUGUCGAUAUGUCUUCAAAUGUAUUGAAUAAGAAAUAGAGACCGGAAGUGGCAGAAGAGCAAGGAUAAGAGCCGUUCAUACUCCUGGGAUUACAGAGAUGAACACCUUUCUGAGCACUCCAUCUACUGUGAAGGUGUACACACGAGCUUCACGAGAGACUUUAUAUCGAUACUAAUGUGAUUUCUUAAUUAUUUCCAAAUGAAUUGCUACCCAUAAACAAUAUUUUCCCGUUUGGGGUUGAACUGCAUAAGCUUGCACGAUAAUUAAAAAUCAAAGGUGUUAUUUCUGCAUCUGAGGGCUAUCAUUUUUUAAGUUCUGCGCUAUAAACUGGGUGGCUAUGCUUUUACCUGAUGUUAGAACUUUCUUUCUAUAUCUCAGGUGGCUAAGUUUUUUUUUUUUUUUUUUUUUUUUUUUUGGGUGAUUAAACAGAUCGUUCCCAGUAAUUGCAGAUACGAAGUGUUACCUUCCAAAAUUGAAAUCCGUCUUUCAAAGGUUGAUCCUAUAACAUGGACAUCUCUUGAAUUUAAUAAGGAUAAAACAAGUCUGCAAAAGAUAAACGUUCCAUCAGGUACCUCAUUAUGAUUUGUUUUAUGACUUUUUAGACAUGACUACUGAGUUUAAUGACCUUCCCAUUUUGUUUGCGUAACCUAUUUUCAUUGUCCAAGAAUUUUGUCUGCCUACGUCGUAGCCUAUGGUUGUGUUCUAAUGUUUGACAGUGAGGCGUUCGUUUUGUUAUUUUCAUGUUUGCUGCAACUUUGCAUGCGGUACUUCGGUUUAUAUCCUUAAUACUUCUAGCGUUUCUCUUUGAACUUACAUUGAAAUGGCAAAUAAGUUAAGAGGCCCCCGUUUGGAAAUGAAAAGCCCAUAGACGACUGAAUAGCCUGCACAGUGGAGAAAAAUAUUCAACCAUUUUUAUUCAAGGAAAAAAAUCUUAAAAAUGAAAAAAAUAAUUAUACAGAUAAUUUCAAUACCUUUUACCUUUUUUUCCCAGACCAAGCUCUGUGCCAAAGAGUGGAAUAGAUGAUAGGUUGGAUAGAUGGACUACUUGUGUUACCAGAUUUGGCAAAGUGAGUAUUCCAUAGUUUCCGAAAAGAUCCACCUAGCUCUCAUAUUUCCUAACUAAUGGAAAAGCUCUGUGGGACUCAUUUUAUUGUUUCAAUAGAUUGCUUUGUGACAUCGAUUAAACCCAAGGGCAAACGCGUAGACAAUCUCAUCACAUCAUUUUCUCUAGAAGAAACAAGGUAACCAUCUGCGGCAUGAACCAGUGCAUUUCCUUGAUCGAUUAUUUUGGUUCUUUGAUCGCUUUCUCUUUUCUAUAAUUUACCUGUUCAGCGAAUGCUCUGGUGGUCAAUGGAACGAGGCCUUGAGUUGUUCCGCUAUUGGCACUCUCUGCGAUUUCAAAAACUUCCACUAUAACCUUCAUUCUGCCAAAUCCACAUGAAUCGACAUUUGCCUAAUUAAUUCGGCUGCCGUUGAUUUUAUCGGAAAAAAUAGAAGACUAACGAAGCUGGGGUUCCAAACCUGCUAUACAGACAGGAGAAAGGAACCGUACACAUAUUCCGAACCACUAACCAACCCCCCCCUCCCCCCUCUAACAUGAUAAUCCGCUUCUUCCACGAAUUUAUUCCUAGAUCAAUCCAAUCGCGCUGCUUUCCAUAUAUAUAUAUAUAUAUAUAUUUAAUAUGAUCAUUUGGAGAUCGAGUCUGAUCCUCUUUUUUUAUUGGCAGGGUCAUCAGCGUCGCGAAAACCAUCUUACCCGUCUUCGAAGUCAAAGACCGACUGGGACAAGCUGGAAGCCGAAGUAAAGAAAGAGGUGCCACCCGAUGUCUUCCUCUUCCCUAGAAGCGGGGCGGUCUCUAUCCUCUGAGAUUUAUCAAUCCAGAGUCUUACUGAACCGCUUCCUUCUCCAUAUAUUUUGCAGGAGAGCGAUGAAAAGCUUGAUGGCGAUGCAGCGCUGAACAAGCUAUUCCGAGACAUAUUCCGAGACGCCGACGACGACAUGAGAAGAGCCAUGCAGAAAUCCUUCGUACGACACGCCUCUCUCCCUUCCCACUCACCUCACUCUUUGGCAGCUUAACCUCACUCUGGGCCAAUGAAAGAAAACAGGUCGAGUCGAACGGGACGGUGCUGUCGACCAAUUGGAAAGACGUGGGCUCAAAGAAGGUGGAGGGAACCCCUCCCGACGGCAUGGAGAUGAAGAAAUGGGAGUACUGA